CGUCUAAUCCUUAUCCGACGUGGCGUUUGGACAAAAGAUUUGAUGUGGAGUUUUCACUGAUUGUAUAGAACUUUAGUUAUAUUUUAGGGAUGAUUAUGGCUUUUUUACGUUUAGAGUUAUGCUCAAUAUUACUUGUACUUCUGUUGGAAUGCUCGUGUGGCUAUUUUAUAACGAUCGACGCACACGCAGAGGAGUGUUUCCACGACCAAGUGACAUCUGGAACAAAGAUGGGGCUCAUAUUUGAGGUGGCCGAAGGUGGCUUCUUGGACAUUGAUGUUACGAUUACAGGUCCAGAUCAAAAAGUUAUUUACUCAGGAGAAAGGGAGACCAAUGGAAAAUAUGCUUUUGCUGCUUACAUGGAUGGCACUUAUCAUUACUGCUUUAGCAACAAAAUGUCAUCCAUGACACCGAAAAUAGUCAAGUUUUCCAUGGACCUGGGAGAGCCUCCCAAAGAUACCAGUAAAGAGGAAGGUGCCCAUCAUGAUAAGCUAAGUGAAAUGAUUGGUCAACUGUCUGAAGCAAUGACGGGAGUCAAACACGAGCAGGAAUACAUGGAAGUCAGAGAAAGAAUCCACAGAGCAAUCAAUGAUAACACAAACAGCCGUGUAGUUUGGUGGUCCUUCUUUGAGUCCCUUGUGCUUGUUGCCAUGACGCUAGGACAAGUUUUCUACCUUAAACGCUUCUUUGAAGUCAGAAGAGUGGUAUAAGCUGUCUAUGCCCGUUUUUAGAAAGUACAAGAUCUGUAACAUACUGUAGGAGGAUAAGCAGGAUAUAUAUGGACACCGGUCAAACAAAUGUACAAUCCAGAGGCAUAAGACUCCUUUGCUCUGCUGUUAUUUAGCCUUUUGAUAUUCUGGAAAUACAUGUUCAUGUAUACAGUCAGGGACAGCAUUGCAAACUUUAGUACGACUAUUGUCCCUUAAAUUACUCACAAAAUGAAUUUAUGCGACAUCCUUUGAAGAUCAAUUUGGUUUGAAGUCAAGGUGUUACGUGAGAAGAUCAGAUUGUUUAUUUUCCUGUCCUUUUGUUAUAAUUGAUUUCGGUUGUGAAUUUAUGAGGGCUACCUUACCUUUGUCUACAAAGCAUAAGCUUUCUCUUCAUACAUAGCCCUUAAAACAUUGUCAGCAAAUCAGUAUUAAUAAUGCCUUGAAAAUAAAUUAGAAUUGUUGAACACAAAGUGCAGUCAACUCUCCCUCCCCUUUCUGUGGUAAUAUCAAUUUAUCAGCCAGGUACGCAGAUGUUUUGUAAGUACCACUGCUUAACUCUUUAAAAAAUAGAUGCCUUGUUGCCAUGCAUCUGUUCAGCAGUAGAUCACAAAUGAUGUCAAAAUGUGGUCAGAACAAAACUGACACUUAAGCCAUUAAGUGAGUGUGCUACUUAUGUUCUUACAACAUUUUGAUGUCUUCUGUGAUCUUUUUCUAAAACAGAUGCACACCAACAUGGAAUCUAUCUGUUUUGUAUAAUAUAGAAACAAAAAAAUGUAAAUGAUGUCAACUAUACAUCUUUCCUCCAAAAGAUCAUAACAACCAAUCAAGAUGUGAAAAUAAUUUGACUUAAUAAACAAGUGGCUAAUAGUUGGUAAGCAAAGCCCCAAGUCAACUAUCAAAGUCUACAGGAACCAACAGAAAACAGUCUUUAUGACAUUGUUUUAGUAUGUCCUAGUGGCUGGGUUAUUAAACAUCAAAUAUCAGUGAAACUCAUUGAAGGUUUUGAUUUGGCCAUAAUGCUCAAGAGACCUUGCAUGCCUUCUUAUGGCCUUCUAUCACAUGACAGAUGGCACAGGUUCAGCCAAUCAGAUUACGAGUUUGCUAAUAGUCUACCACUACUGAGCCAUGCUACUUCCAAACAGAUGUUUUGUUACAUACUGCCCUUUCAACAAGGGUUGUCCUACAAAAGCAUAAUAGUUUGAUUGGGUAUAGGUAGUAAUAGUCUAACAUUGCUUGGUUGAGGUUCACAGUGUUUCUUCAAGAUGAUACAUGUGUUUAAGCUGUUUCAUUCAAUCAUGCUGGAACACCUUGAGCUUCAAUCAAGCAACUGUGAACCACCAACAACCAUAAUAUGUUUUUGGCUUUGACGUGUACGCUUUCUGUAGGACAACCUUUCUUGACACAGUAUCUCACAUCAAAGUAUAGAAUAUGCCAGUGUUCCUCUAUUGACUUUUCAUUUCUGAUUUUUUGUAUCAAGUUCUCACAUGUGUCGUAGUGACACCUAUUCAAGGAGUCACAGAGUUCAGGCUUUUGUGUCGUCUUUGUUGAUAACGGUGUUUUGACACUAUUGGAAAUUAUUAAAACAAUAUGAACAUGUU